GAUAUCGUAUUCUACUGCGAUAGUACAUCCGCUUGCAAAGAAGUAAUGGCACUAUGUACCGGAAACCACGAGCUCUAUGGUCGCCGCCGCCGCCCCGAUUCAAUCGAAGUACAGCAAAUGAAAGCCCAAGCGAAGGAAGCCAAAAACGCCCGGGAUGCUGAACGAGAGAAGCUUGCCGCAGAGCGUAAGGCACGUGAAUUAAUGGAAGAGCGUUAUCGAAAGAUGGAACUGGCAAUGCAAGAGCAAGAAUUGGCGUACGAAAUGUCUCAAUCGGCGCUGACCGAUUAUCAGCGCAAAGUAAAGGAACUCGAAGCCCAAUUAGAAGAUGAAAAACGCGCUCGAAUGGAACUUGAAAACAUGCAGCGUCGUUUAGAAGAAGUUAAUCGACAAUUGGAGAUUUUUUGGUUUCCACCUACACCCUAUUUUGCAGAACAAGAACUACAACCGCUGGAAAAUCUAUCACGUCCCGAGGACAGUCGCCAGGUCAUGGCCGCAACCAACAUGGACCACGCCAAACGACUAGAAGUUAUGCGAAAGGACUUGGAUGCCACACGCGAUCGACGCAAGCUUCAACAAGUUGACAUUCGUUAUGAGGAGAAUCUUAGCAAGGGUAUGGAUAAAUAUCGCACGCUGCAUGCAAUUCGUCAAGGAAACACGAAGAAACGCGUGGAACAGUUUGAGUCCCUUUAG